CACCAACAGACUUACGCAAUUCAAUGAGCCUCAAUAUCACAGCGAACUGCUCCGAUGUCCCAUGCUGGACCUGUCGUCGCCGACGCCUCAGGUGCGACCGAGCGCUCCCCACCUGCGGCAAAUGCGCAUCUUCGCAGCGACCCUGCCAGGGAUACGGCAAAGACAAGCCUUUGCGAUGGACAGACAGUGUGGCCAGCCGCGGCAAAUUAAUGGGCAAGAAGGUCCCACGCCAAGAGCAACCCCCAAUCAGUCGGGUCCUGAAUGAUCCGAGCGUGCAGGACUUGUCUCCAUCGAUGCGACACUACAUUACCUAUUUUGCCCAAGAGUGCUGCCAGGAAUGCGUGCUAUAUGACUUCGAACGGGCAAAUCCGUUCAAAGAGUUCAUUCGAUUGAUCCCGUCAUGUCCGGGAUUAUGCCACACAAUGGUGUCAGUUGCAGCUCUACAUCAGGCCUUCCGGAUCGCAGCAGCCCAAUGCAACGAAAGACCUGUGACGCCCAAUUCAAAUCCUACUGAAAUUCAACCUCUGCACCAGUUACCAGCAUACUACGAUGCUCUAGACCACAAACAGCGAGCUCUCGGUUUCUUGAGAAGCGAAGCAAAUGCCGGAUCCUUCAGUAAUCCGGACGGUGUCAUUGCAUCCAUGAUUAUGUCCAUAUGGCUCGAGCUCAUGGAUUCCGGACGAAAUACUUGGAGAUACCAUCUUCGCGGACUGAGAGAAGUGAUGCCAAAACGAGGCUUAUCCCUCGCCCUAUUCAAAGACGAAGAAGAAUUGGCCACUGGUCUCCCUCAAAUGAGCGAAUACUUUGACACAAGCUACGCCGUUCUGGAAAUUAUAGGGUCAACAUUUGUCAAGGCCAAACAGGCUUAUCAGCCGCUCUUCUCGAUGUCCCCUACCCUCGACAUCCUGAAACGUUCCGAGUCCCAGACAUGGACCGGGUGCCCCGCAACCCUCCUCUACGUGCUUUCUCUCGUGAAUGCAGUGGCCGCGAGAGCUCAAGAAAUCCCUCCAGAUGUGAUUGGCAACAUCCUAACGCAUCUGCGGAACUUUUGUCCAAUGAAGUGGGCACUGACAGGUGCGGAAACUCACUAUAUAAAACCAAGAUACCAACUUGCCUGUAUCUGGCAAGCAGCAGUCGAGAUAUACGCGCUGCAGGUCUUCCCAACUUCUUCCAACGAAGGGAGAAUCACGAAUUCCCUGGAUCUGAGCUUUCACCAUCUCGAAUCCCUACUCCCUGCGGACGUCCAUCUCAAAGGCAUUAUAUGGCCUGCAUUUGUCAUUGGCGCCGAGGCGCAAACACCCUUUCAAAUGGGACUAAUUACUGAUGUGUUUGGACGUUUGUGGACAUUAUGGCGCUGUCAGAAUGUGGCAAAUGCCUUGAAGGUGCUUGAGAAGAUUUGGGCUCGUCGAGCUGAGGAAGGGUCAUUUAGACGGUGGAUCGAAUAUGUCUAUGAGUGGGGUGACGAUUGGAUGUUCAUAUAGUCCUUCCAUUCCUUGAUUAUAUUCCAUACGGGCUGGUCAAACUAAAUAGCACGAUUUCUAUUGCAUCACAUUACUUUUG